AUGCUCCUAUAUUUUAUUGGUUGGAUGACAGGGGGCGUCUCUCUUCUCACCUUAGCUGCAGUGUCAAUUGACCGACUUCUCGCUCUGACCCUGCAUUUGCGAUACAACACGAUUGUCACUGUUCCCCGCGUUUUCCUAAUCAUUCUUGGUUUUUGGAUAUUUGCUAUAACACUAAAUGUCGCAAGGUUUUGGAUGUCUAAGAAAUGGUAUUUCAUAGCCAUAGCUUUUUUUGUUCUUCCAUUUCUUGUCAUAACCAUAAGCACCUUGAAAAUAUUCCAAAUUAGUCGAAAACACCAAAGUCAGAUAAACGAUCAACAUGUAGCUGUCAGCCAUCUUCAAUCCAACACAGUUAACGUACUCAAGUGCAGAAAAUCAGCCGUUACAGUGCUUUAUAUUUACGGUUUAUUCGUCGUUGCCUACCUUCCUUGGUUCUCACUGACGACCGCGGCGUUUUUCAUCGGACACCCAAGAGGAUUAAAGAUUGCUUCUAACUUUGCUCGUACAGCUGUUUUCAUCAAUUCCUUUUUGAAUCCAGUUGUGUACUGCUGGAGAAAUAGAGAGAUACGACGAGCUGUGAAGAAUAUCUUGAGAAGGGGACGACACUAA